UGGACGCGAGCGCCGGAAGUGGCGGGCGCGGGGACGGGGCCGGCGCCGCGGGUGAGAUUCGCCGGGCGGAGAAGAUGCUGCUGGACUUGUCGGAGGAGCACAAGGAGCACCUGGCUUUCCUGCCGCGAGUGGACGGCGCGGUGGUCGCGGAGUUCGGGCGGAUCGCGGUGGAGUCCCUGAGGCGGGGGUCGAACCCGAAGAUCUACGACGGCGCCGCCAGAAAACUCAAUGUGAGUAGUGACACUGUCCAGCACGGUGUGGAGGGCUUAACCUAUCUCCUCACUGAGAGCUCAAAGCUUAUGAUAUCUGAACUGGAUUUCCAAGACUCUGUUUUUGUUUUGGGAUUCUCUGAAGAAUUAAACAAAUUAUUGCUUCAGCUUUAUCUGGACAACAGAAAGGAGAUCAGAACUAUUCUAAAUGAACUGGCACCUGACCUUCCCACCUACCAUAGCCUCGAAUGGCGACUAGAUGUACAGCUUGCAAGCAGAAGUCUCCGGCAGCAGAUUAAACCAGCAGUGACUUUCAAGCUGCACCUCAACCACAAUGGAGAUCACAGCACCAAAGUUCUGCAGACAGACCCAGCCACCCUGCUUCAUUUAGUUCAGCAACUGGAGCAAGCAUUGGAGGAGAUGAAAACAAACCACUGUAGGAGAGUGGUCCGCAACAUCAAGUAGUACCCGCUUUAAGAGUUUAAUCCUUUAAGUCAUGUAUGAAUUGGUAAUAUAAGGAAUUACUUUUCAAAGUUAAUUUUUUGUUAAUUGAUGGUGAUAAGUGUCUAGAUUCCAUCUUUUACUGUUCUAGGAUAUUGAAGACAUGAUCUGAAGCUAAAGUACAGUUUUUUUCCUGGUGUUCAAUAUGGUCAGCUUCUUGACAGAUUGAAAUGUACUUUGUAUUUUAAAUAUGUGAACAGGAUUGAAUUUGCUAGAAAUGAACCUAUACUGUUCAUAUCUUAUGUAUAUAUGAAUGACUAUCCUGUUUUUGGUACUACUUUGGCUACUUUAUUAUUUUCUUCCUUUUUGAGCAAACUUUCAAAAUAAAAUUUACAAUGUAACACUA